GUGAUAAAACACCGGAUGGUGAGGGGGUGGAGGGUGCUGUGGAUAUGUCGAGUGCGCAGGUGGGCGAUCAGGUCCACAAUCUCAUCACCACCAUGUUGGCCUGUGACGACGAUGACCGAACGGUUCUGGCUGACGUUUCCAUGGCAACGGGUUACGAGCCGCGCGAAGACGAGCCAGCGCCAGCAGAAGACACCAAGGUGCAGAACCUCAUUGACCAGCACGCACGCCCAGCCUUCCGCAACCUGGAGGUAGUAUUCUCCAGUCUACAGGUCAAUCUGGUAGGCGAAAGUGUGGGGGAGAAUGGGAGUAUCAUAGCCACAGCCCACCACGGCACUUUAGAGUCGUUUCUGGGGCGCCCUUUGAAAGUGCACCAGAAACGCGUGUUUGUGCCAUCGUAUUUCAAGGGAGAGUUUAGGGCGGUCAAGCUGUUUGCUGCACCCAAGUCCAGUGACGGUGUGGGGAUCUCCAAGGUAGAUCGCCUGGAGUGGGUGCCGGAUUGGUUCAUCACGCCGCACUUCAAUGGGAACAAAGCAGCCGCUGAUGCGAAAACUCGACAAUGCACACACACCAAACAACGCACACCCGACACGCGCGUAGGCGACGACCAGGAAACAGGCG